AUGACAAAUCAUUUGUCCAAAUAUGAAAAAUACAUUGGUGAUGCAAGAGAGAGUGUUGUAAUUGAUCUCAAAAGAAAACUUCAAUCACAACAAAAUGUGAUGACAAAAGCAACAACUUCACAACGAUCAAGUUUAUUGGCUUCAUAUAUAAUUUCUAACGAAAUAGCAAAAUCUAAAAAAUCGUUGAGUGAUGGUGAAUUUGUUCAAAACUGUGCGAUAAAAAUGGCUAAAUCAAUUAACGAAAACAAAAUUGCCAGUGAAUUUGAAAAAAUAUCACUUUCAAGACGCACAGUGACACGACGUAUAGCUGACACUGAUAGUGCCAUUCGUAAGACAUUGCAAACUAUUAUGACGGAUUGUGCAUAUUUUUCGAUUGCACUGGACGAAAGCACAGAUGUUUCAGAUGUAAGUCAACUUUUGAUAUUUGUUAGAGUUAUAUCUCCACAGUUUGAAGUGUAUGAAGAGCUAUUAGAAUUAUAUUCCUUGCAUGGAACUACCAAAGGAAGUGAUAUAUUUAAUGCAGUAAAAAAUGCGAUUGAACCAUUUGGUGGAUUCAAAAAAAUGUCAUCGAUUGUGACAGAUGGUGCCAAAGCUAUGGUUGGCAAAAAUAUUGGUUUUGUUGGUUUAUUACGCAAAUCUAACGUUAAUGUUCCUGCUAUACAUUGUAUCAUUCAUCAGGAAGCGUUGUGUGGCAAAAUAAUGAAGCUUGACGGAGUUAUGAAUACUGUAUUUAAAAUUACUAAUCUUAUUAGAGGAGGCAACCGUAGUUUAAACCACCGUAAUUUUAUUACAUAUUUGGAGGAACUUGAUUGUGAGUAUGGUGAUUUACUAUUACACACGGAUGUACGCUGGUUAAGUCGUGGAAAGUGUCUCGAACGUUUUUUUGUUUUGAGAAAAGAAAUACUUGAGUUUCUUACAACGAAUAUUAAAACUGACACUACGUAUUUGAAAAACCAAAUGGUUGAUAAACAAUUUCUAUGUUCAUUGGCAUUUUUAACUGAUAUUUCUCAACAUUUAAAUAAAUUAAAUUUACAACUUCAAGGUAAGAAACAAACAAUUUCUCAAAUUAUUGGAUUUUUAGAUGGAUUCAGAAAAAAGUUGGUAGUUUUUAAAAAUUUAGUCGUUGAAAAAAAACUAGUACAUUUUCCGUGUUGUGAAGUUAUAAAAAUAGAAUUUAACAAUGAGUUUAAUUUUGAACAAUGCAUUACCCACUUGGAUGAAUUAACUGUAGAAUUCGAAAGACGAUUUGAAGAAGUUGAACUUAUGCGCCCUCAAAUAAAUUUGUUUAAUAAUCCAAUGGUAGUUGAAAUUGAAAAGCAAGAUGCUGAACUUCAAUUAGAAUUGUGUGAGUUGCAAACAGAUCCAUCAUUAUUAUCUACAAAAGAGAUUGACAUAAGCUUUUGGAAAAAAUUACCUACUCUAAAAUAUCCACUUUUACGAGAGUUCGCAUUAAAAAUGUUAUCCAUGUUUGGAACUACUUACAUUUGUGAAUGUACAUUUUCAAACAUGAAACAUAUUAAAUCAAAACAUAGAAAUCGACUUACAGAUGAAACAUUAAGUCACCUACUUCGUGUUUCUUCGUCCGAAAUAGAAGUCGAUUUUGCCGCGUUGUCAUUAGAAGCCACACAUCCUCAAAACUCUCACUAA